AUGAACAACUACCAGCAACAAGUCUGGGCGCUGUCAAACGCACUGGCGGGUCUUCUAAGGGACAGCGAAGCAUCAAAGUUCCCAGCAACAUUACGGGCUAAGACCAUGGAAUUGCAACAAAGCUGCAAUGGGCUGGAGCAAUACAUUUCCACAUCGACCUCUCGGAUUCAGAAAGAUGUUCGAGAUUGCGUGGAAGAUCUUCAGGACAUUGUUCCUUCCAGUCAACAGCCAGCGAGGCUUUGCAGAAAACUGGCAAGCGUAGAGGAUUAUCUCCUUAGCAUUCGACAACUCUUACAGACUCAGGAGUCACGCGCCCAAGACUUGGAGUAUGACAUCCAAUCUCUUGAGGAUGACUUUUCGUCCUUACAAAGGGAGACAGCUGAAACGAGCAAAGGUUACGAACUCGGUGUCAAGGUCUUCGCCGUUUGUGCCGUGGUGGCCUUUGCCGCUGUGGCCUUGCCAGCCAUAGCGGGCUCUGCAGCAGUGGCUGAAGGGGCUGCCGCAGGCGCUGCCUUGACUGCGGGUUCUGCAGCUGAAGGGGCUGUGGUAGCUGCUGGAACUGCUGCAGUGGCCGAAGGAGCUGCUGUAGCCGGAACAGCUGCUACGGCAGCAGUGGAAGGAGCUGCUGCUGCCAGUAUUAGCGCUGAAGCAGUUGCGAUCCUUUCCGGUGGAGCAGCACUGGCACUCAAAGGUGGUGCAGAUGGCUGCCAGCAGUUGGUGGAAUUUCUGGAUCGCCAACAGCGAUCGGUGUCUGAACAUCGUGGAUUUGUGAGGCAGCUCCAGACUGAAAUCGAUGUGAUCAAGGACGACAUUUCGAAUCUUCAUCGGCGACUGGAACAUGCUACGGAUGCCUUGAAAGAUGACGACGUGGAUGAUGCCACCAAGAUCGUUGGCCGCCUGGCUGAGCGACUGGGGGAACUCGUCUAA